AUGGGCGGCCCAGCCAGGGCUCUCCUCGGCAGCUUCGGCUCCACCACGUCCUCCCUGGAGGUCGGGGGCUGGCUGGCUUGGCCGACCAACAACUCGCUCGACCUCAACCAAAGCUCCCCGCCGUGGGGGAUGGGGCUCGGCGGCGGCGGCGGAGCGGCGGGCGGAAGCGGAGGACUGGAGUCCAACCAGACCCAUCAGUCGGUCGCCAGGACGGUGAUCAAGGAGAAGAACUGGCCGGCGCUGCUCAUCCUCGUCAUCAUCGCCCUGACCAUCGGCGGCAACAUCCUGGUCAUCCUGGCGGUGUCGCUGGAGAAGAAGCUCCAGAACGCCACCAACUUCUUCCUGAGGUCGCUGGCCGUGGCCGACAUGCUGGUCGGCAUCCUGGUCAUGCCCAUCUCCCUCAUCAACAUCCUCUAUGACUACGCCUGGCCCCUGCCCAGCGCCCUCUGCCCCAUCUGGAUCUACCUGGACGUCCUGUUCUCCACUGCCUCCAUCAUGCACCUGUGCGCCAUCUCCCUGGACCGCUACGUGGCCAUCCGCAACCCCAUCGAGCACAGCCGCUUCAACUCCCGCACCAAGGCCAUGAUGAAGAUCGCCGCCGUCUGGACCAUUUCUAUAGGCGUCUCGAUGCCGAUUCCCGUCAUCGGCCUCCACAACAAGGACAAGGUCUUCGUCAACGGCAGCUGCGUCCUCAAUGAGGAGCGCUUCAUGCUGAUUGGCUCCUUCGUGGCCUUCUUCAUCCCGCUGGUCAUCAUGGUGGUGACGUACUGCCUCACCAUACAGGUGCUCCAGAGGCAGGCCACUGUCUUCCUGUAUGAGACCAAGACCUCCUCCCAGCAGCCUCUGCACCCGCCGGCCAUGACCAAGACUCUGCAGCCGCCACCCGCCACCUUCCAGCUGCCUCAGAUCAACACCAUCGCCCCACCAGACUCACAAGGGUUGCAGGCCCCGCCCCCUCAGAGCAGACGGAACACCCUGAGCUGUCUGAAGGGGGCGGAGCCUAGCAUGCUGCUGAGCGCCGCCACAUCAGACAGCAUCAGCAUCAUUCCCGGGUCCGAGGUGGCGUCCCAGCUCAGCUCGCCGGCCGCGGGGCCGGGGCGGGGCGACGCCGCCGGUUGCCAUGGGCGACGAGGGAUGAUGCAGGCCAUUAAGAACGAGAAGCGGGCGUCCAAGGUCCUGGGAAUCGUCUUCUUCCUCUUCCUCAUCAUGUGGUGUCCCUUCUUCAUCACCAACGUCACCUUCGUUCUGUGCCGGGGCUCCUGCAACGAGCCGCUGCUGGCCGAGCUCCUCAACGUCUUCGUGUGGGUGGGCUACAUCUCCUCGGGGGUCAACCCUCUGGUCUACACGCUCUUCAAUAAGACCUACAGGAGAGCCUUCUCCAGUUACAUUAGGUGUCAGUACAAGGCGGGGGCGAACGCAGCCGGACCCAGCUGCAAAACCCUCCUGGUCCCCCCGCCGUGCCCGUCGCACGCCGUCACCCCGCUUCUGAUUGGCGGACACGGGAAAGCGGGCGUGGACCGCAACAGUAACUGUCGCAACGGCGGCCGAGGGGACAACGGGAGGCUGACGGUGGACCCCGAGGACACGACAGACGACGGGACGCAGCUCGGAGGGGCGUCGCAGAGCUUCUCCGAGUGCCAGAACGCCGGGAUGUUGUCGGAAACGGAGCCGGAAACGGAGAUGGAGCAGGAGCUGUCGCUGAUCAGCUACAGCCCCACCUCCAGAGAACACACCAGCAGCGUGUGAUCGGACGCCAUAAGCGAGGCGCGCUGCUCGUUUUUUUUUGCUCGCAGAC